UAUCAGAGAUCACAAGGCUUUUCGGACUCGUUCUAUCAGCGCCUAAUGGAAUAUCUCAACGGUUAUGGCCACGAUCAACUGUCCAGAGACCAGAUCAACAGAGUUCCAUGGCAGUGGACAAACGACCACUAUGUAAUAAGCAAAGACAAGCCACUUAAUGAAGAGCCUGUGGCGAAAUCGAGAGAGCAAACAAGUUGA